GCCGUCGUUGUCUGAGUUGUUGUCUCCUUUCACAGUUUCUAUUCCACAUUCCACGCUUUUGUGAAUCACGUGGACUGACAAUUGGACAUAACCUAACAAACUACUGAAGUCACAGUGCAAUUUUCUAACCUAAAACAACUAAUAACUCUGGAAAACCAAAUUAACACUCAACUUGUUAUUUCAUAUAUUUUAUCAUUCCGUAACAGGAACAAUUAAUUACGAAAAUGACAGUGAUUAAAAGAGUUGUGAAGCCGAAAACUCACAAAGGGAAAAAGGCCAUAAUAAAACGAAGUCCACAAUUAAUAGAAGAAGCAAAACAAUUGCUAUGCAUCAGAGGGUCCAAUGCUUCCAUGAUGGUCAACGAUUGUAUGAAAGAUUUGUACAAUCUUAAAAAGCCAGAUGCUCAGAUGAUGCAGAAGAAGAAUCCAAUCCGACCGUUUGAAGAUGUAACACCGAUUGAACAGUUUUCUCGUAAACUAAACUCUCCACUAUUUAUGUUUGUUUCACAUAAUAAGAAACGUCCACACAAUUUAAUAAUGGGCCGCACAUAUGAACAUUCAUUAUUGGACAUGGUAGAGUUGGGCAUUGAAAAUUUCAAAAGUUUGAAAGAAUUCAAAGUCGACAAAAUAUCCGAAGGCUUAAAACCUAUUCUCAUAUUUAAUGGGGAACUUUGGGAAAACAAUCGUGAAUAUGGGAGAGUGAAAAAUAUACUGGUCGAUAUGUUUCAACGGGAUGUCGUUCAAAAUGUCAGAUUACAGGGUUUGGAGCAUGUGAUGAGCUUUACCGCUUAUGAAAAUAAGAUUUUAUUGAGAAGUUACAGGGUAUCGCUGAAAAAAUCCGGUACUAGAAUUCCUCGAAUAGAACUGAAUGAAAUCGGGCCUUCAGUAGAUUUUAGCAUGAGAAGAACGCAGCUCGCAUCUGACGAUUUAUUCAAGCAAUCUUGUAGAAAGCCAAAGGCAUUGAAGGAUAAGAAAACGAAAAAUGUGACGAAGGACAAACUCGGCUCGACGUUGGGACGCAUACACAUAGGAGCCCAGAACAUCAAUAGCAUUCAAACUAGAAAAAUGAAAGGCCUUAAGAAAACAUUGACUGAAAGAAAAUCCGAGAAAAAACGGAAAAGCUUGGAGAGUUCAACAGAAGGUUCAAAAAAAGUUAGAAUCACAAACGGCCAUGACGAUUGAUCGACUUUCUCGUGUAUUAUGUGAAUAAAAACUUAAUGAACCAUUAA